AUGGCUUACAAUACAAAAGAAAGAUUUUUAGAUCCACCACAAUAUUAUAGGUUACUUGAUCCUGGGGCAUAUCAAAAUAUGAAUAGACCAUUGAUAAAACCUAAUAAAGCACCUUUUCUAGCAAAUUCGCAAAGGAAAAUAAAGUCUGGGUCAGUAAUAUGGACACACGCUAUAUAUUCUAGUGAUAUAAAACCUAAAAUUGCCAAUUGCACCGCAAUGAUGUCAAAAAUUCCAAGAUUUUCCUAUGAAAAAAGCGAUCUGAGUAAAUUGGAAGAUCUUUUGUGUGCUUGUAAAGAUCCAAAUAUUUGUGAAUGUGAAGAUGAAGACAAAAGUUCUCAAGAAGGAAUAAUAUGCCAAUCUAGAAGACCAAGAGUACUCUUUAAAGGCGCCCCACCAAGAUCCCAGGUAGAAGAUGGUAUUUCGGCUCCAUCUAAGAGAGAUCAUGGUUUUGCCAUCUUACCAGAUGGUUCAAAAAAACGUAUUUUUAUCAUGCCUGAUAAAGAAUGUCCUCCUUUUUACAACACUAAUAUAAAUGAAUCUACAGCUUUUUAUAGAGGUUGUAAAUGGAGUCGUUGGACAUCCAAAAUAUCUAAAACUUGUACUGACACAACACCCGGGCCAGCACAAUACAUAUUAGAACAUGAACCUACCUUUAAUGAAAUAUGCGCUGAGAGAGUACGAGCCUUUAAAAGAAAAACUUCCAAACAGCUACGUUUCAUAGAAAUGGUACAGCGAAGAAAUGUAAUAGAAAAUUUGCCAGGGCCGAGUUCUUAUAGUCCAGUACUACCAAAGAGUACUGAUUUAAAUUUUCUUGGACCAAAGGCUGCUCGGUUUACAACAUCACAGUUUAAUAUAUGCCCAGGACCAGCUCAAUAUUGGGUCAAGCGAGACUUUGAUAAGCCUGAAGCUCCUAAAAAAAUAUGUCAAGCCAUUUUACCAGCCCCAGCACCCUUUGGUGUCAAAGCCGUACGAUUAAAGCCGCUCAAAGAAGAAGGUCCAAGUCCUGCAUCCUACAAUCCAGCUUAUAAACCAUGUAAUUUCAUUCGAUGUACGAAAGCACCAUUCCUGAUAUCGACAGAAAGAUUUAAAGAAAAAGAGCCUGAAGAAAGUGAUGAUGAAAUUGUAAUUGAUAAUGAAUCUUUGACUGAUACAAAAGAAAAACAAGACUCAAAACCAACACCCACGUGGCAAUUUAAAUCAAUCGUCCCAAGAAUGAAACCUUUAACAAAAGCUGGCCCUAAGCCGGUUGCUAUCAGUUCGUCGAACGUAAGAAUAAAAAGGUUUAUGAAACUACAGAGAGCGGCUCCUUUUUUCUCCUCUGAAGGCCGUUUUCGGCCGUGGUAUAAUUGGAUUCCGAUACAUGCGAAAGAGAAAACUCCAGGACCCGCUUAUUAUGAUUUAACCCCACCUGAAUGUUACCCAGCCGUUAGCCGUGGUCCUUUAUUCAGAUCGCCAAGAUUUCGUAGCUACUAUCAACAAACUCCAGCUCCUAAUGAAUAUAAAGUUGUAAUUGGAAUUGAAAAUAUUUUACACACUCAUAAUCAGCACUUGAAAGAGAAUUUACAGAAGAAACACAAAUUUCAGUGGCAACCAACACGCAAACCUAGACCAUUAAAUAACGAAGAGAAAGAAACCGUCUUAUUACGGGAAUCGAUAGCAUUACUUAACACUAUUGAUGUUACAGACAGUAAAAGUUCUAACUAUGUUCACGCAAAGCAUCUUGGACAUGAAAAUAAAAAAACAUUACGAUGCUUUGCCGACGGUUAA